AUGUCUGUUCAGAUUUUAGGAGAUCAGGCCACUGAGGAAAGGGCUGAAAAUGCCCGUAUGUCAGCAUUUGUUGGUGCGAUAGCUGUGGGUGACUUGGUUAAGUCGACAUUGGGUCCAAAGGGUAUGGACAAGUUAUUACAAAGUUCAUCAGACAUUGGAAAAUCAAUGAUAACAAAUGAUGGGGCUACAAUUUUAAAAUCUAUCCCAUUGGAUAAUCCUGCGGCCAAAGUUUUAGUGAAUAUUGCCAAGGUUCAAGAUAAUGAAGUGGGUGACGGAACAACUUCUGUGACCGUUUUGAGUUCUGAAUUAUUGAAAGAAGCUGAAAAGUUGAUUGAGAGAAAGAUUCAUCCCCAAACUAUCAUCGAAGGUUACAGAAUAGCACGUAAUGUGGCUCUUGAGGCAUUGGAAAAAGCUUCUGUGAACAAUGGUUCCAAUGCAGAACUUUUCAGAAAAGAUUUAGUUAACAUUGCAAGAACCACUCUUUCAUCGAAGAUCUUAUCACAAGAUAAAGAGUUCUUCUCGAACUUAGCCGUUGAUGCUAUUUUGAGAUUAAAGGGCUCAACUGAUUUGAACAAUAUUCAAAUCAUCAAGAAGGCUGGUGGAAAGUUGUCUGAUUCUUUCUUAGAUGAGGGUUUUAUCUUGGAGAAGAAGUUUGGUAUUAACCAGCCAAAGAGAAUUGAAAAUGCAAAAAUCUUGAUCGCCAAUACCUCCAUGGAUACUGACAAGGUCAAGGUAUUUGGGGCAAAAUUUAAAGUUGAUUCAACUGCUAAGUUGGCUGAUUUAGAAAAGGCUGAGAAAGUUAAAAUGAAGAACAAGGUUGAUAAGAUCAAGAAAUUUGGCAUCAAUGUGUUCAUUAACAGACAACUCAUCUACGAUUAUCCAGAACAAUUGUUUACUGAUGCCAAGAUUAACUCAAUUGAACAUGCUGACUUCGAUGGUGUUGAUAGAUUGGCAUUGGUGACAGGUGGUGAGGUGGUAUCUACGUUUGAUAAUCCCGAAAGAGUGAAAUUGGGCCAGUGUGAUUUAAUCGAAGAAGUUUUGAUAGGCGAAGAUGUUUUCAUAAAGUUCUCAGGGGUUGCAGCUGGAAAAGCAUGUACUAUAGUCUUGAGAGGUGCUACUGAACAGGGAUUGGAUGAGGCUGAACGUUCAUUGCACGAUGCAUUAUCUGUGUUGUCCCAAACUACAAGAGAAACCAAAACUUGUUUGGGAGGUGGCUGUUCAGAAAUGAUCAUGUCUAAGGCAGUUGACCAAGCUGCAGCUAAUGAGACUGGUAAGAAGGCUCUCGCAAUUGAAGCAUUCGCCAGGGCCUUGAGACAAUUACCUACCAUCUUGGCCGAUAAUGCCGGUUUUGAUUCUUCAGACUUGGUCACGAAGUUAAGAUCUGCCAUUUACAAUGGCAUGACUACUUCAGGCUUGGAUUUGUAUAAGGGAGUUGUUGCUGAUAUGAGGGACAUGGGAAUUGUUGAGUCUUUCAAAUUGAAAAGGGCUGUUGUUUCAUCUGCUGCAGAAGCUUCUGAAGUGUUGUUAAGAGUUGAUAACAUUAUCCGUGCUAAACCUCGUACAGCUGAUAGAAACCAUUGA